AUGACCAAGCUGCCGAGGAAAGCCGAGUAUAUAGUUGUUCCUGUUGCGCAACCACAACAACAACACUACCAGGGCUACAUGCAGCAGCCGCCUCCCUCGCCCCUGUCACUACACAUGCCGAUUACCGCUGCAGCACUUGCUACCGCUGCCGCCGCCGUACCUUCCACCAAUGCAGGCCGCAUGAUGACAGGUCCCGUCGGUAAAGAGGUUAAGCGCCCCGCAUCGUCCUUGGGAGCCGCCGUCGUGGACACGGCCGACGAUAUUUGCGCCGGCCUCGAAUUCAAGUUCCUCGUCCCGCGCCACCGCGCUGCCGUCGACGGCGGUAGCACCACUGCUGCGGCUGCCGCCGGUGGUGAUCAGCAGGCCAUUGCUCAGCUGCACCGCGAUGUAUAUAGCGAUAUCGCCGAGAGCAUCCGCGAGCGCGGCAUGAAGCGCGCCAUCACGAUCCACAAGAUCCAGGAUGAGAAGCGCCAGGAGCGUGAGUACUGGCAGACACACUGGAUCGUGAAAAAGGCCAACUCGGCCGAGCCCGUCGAGGUCGACCUGCGGUUUGCCGACCUGCUCUGGGUACCCCUGGAGCUAUGCUCUCCGAAGCUCUGGUGGAGGGACCUGACCGUGCCGCAGACGAUUCGUGACGUCGUGCGUAGCGUGCGGUUCCCGCACCGUGCCACCGUCAACUACACGUGCGACGUCCACGUCCACGUUGGGCGCAACGACGGCCUGCCCUUCACGUUGCUCACUUUCAAGCGCCUCGCAACCCUCCUUUGGCUUGCCGAGCCUGUCCUACGCAAAGUGCGUGACCCGCGGUCGCCCAACUAUAGCAACAUCUACACCUGGGGUGCCGAGCUGCGGAAGCACAGCCGCCUGGCGCUGAAUAUCGCGAAGGGUGAAGACUAUAACAGGUCGCAGCAGCAACAGUUCCUCGCCGGCAGUAGCGGCAGCAGCCAGGGCGACGAGUCCGUCGAGUGGUAUCUCGCUGCGGCCUGGCGGCGCCUGGGCGUCGACGACGCUGACCAGCACGAUGCGCUCAAGGCCAUCUGGCUGACCAAGUCCACUAUGGAGUUGGGCAGGCUGCUCUCGGGCCGGGAGCGGCAGUACCGGCGCCUGGGGUUCAACUUUAGCGCCCUGGGAGAGGAAGACGACCGCGCGCGGACAGGGCCCCGGACCAUAGAGUUCCGUGUGCUCGAGGGGACGCUUGAUGCAGACCUUAUUCUGGCCUGGGUCAAUGUCUGUUGCACCCUAGCCGAGACGGCCACCUCUGAGCAGGAGGCGCGGUUUGUCACUGUGGUUAAGUACCUGCUCGGCAAGGCCCGUGAGAUGGACGCGAACGAGGGCGCGGCGCUCGACGGCGAGUUUGCCGAGCUGAUGCGUCGGCUCGGGGUCGACGAGGAGAUGAGCGAGCCGCUGCUGGCGAAGGUGCGGUCGAACUAUGGCUGCUUAGAGUGA